AUGUGGCGGCGGGCGGCGGUGGUGGCGGAACGGGGCCUGCGGGGGAUGGCGGGGCGGCGGUGGCGGAGCGGGGCGGGCAGGUGAGCGUGGGAGGGCCGGGACCCCCUCACGGUGUCGUUCCGUCCCUCUCGGUGUCCCCCCCGCUCCACAGUGUCCCCUCACGGUUUGUGCCUCCACAGCCCCGAGCGCGCCGCUGGCCAGCGGGCCCCGAGGAUCUACACGAGGACGGGAGACUCAGGAUUCUCCAGCACCUUCACCGGCGAGCGGCGGCCCAAGGGCGACCGGAUCUUCGAGGCCCUCGGAGCCACGGAUGAGCUGAGCUCGGCCAUCGGGCUGGCUGGUGAGUUUAGCAGUGAAAAGGGUUACACGUUUGUUGAUCAGCUUCAUAAAGUGCAGUGCAUGCUGCAGGAUGUGGGCUCCAACAUUGCCACACCACUCUCCUCAGCCAGGGAGGCUCACCGCAAGCGAACAUCGUUCAGCGAGAAGCCCAUCCUGGAGCUGGAGCAGUGGAUUGACAGCUACUCAGAGCAGCUGCCUCCCCUCAGAGCAUUCAUCCUGCCUUCUGGAGGCAGGAGCAGUGCUGCUCUCCACUUCUCCCGAGCCGUGUGCCGCAGGGCUGAGAGGUGUGUGGUCCCUUUAGUCCAAGCAGGGGAAGCAGAUCCAAAUGUGGCCAAGUAUUUAAACAGGCUCAGUGAUUAUCUCUUUGUCCUGGCACGUUAUGCUGCAAUGAAGGAAGGGAAGGAAGAGAAAAUCUACAUAAAACCUGAGCCCUAGCUGGGAGCUGGAAUGUUUUUUUCCUUGAUCAUGGGAAACUAAAUCCAGUUGACUGCUUUUGUCCAUCAAGGAAGGGAGAGAGAACAAGCCUGGACUGGAAAUGGGAGCUGCCAAGGAUUUCCAUGUGAAAUAACCAGGACCUUGUUGAUAAAUCCUGAGAGGAACAGAAUCACAGAAUAUCCUGAGUUGGAAAGGACCCAAACACACCUGUCCUAUUCCCUGGGCCUGGCCCACACAUCCCAUGUGGAGAUGGCUCUGGAGCCACUGCUUCUCCUAGCUGGGAGUAGAGGCAGGAGAAUUCCAUAACAUUUUGGAGAUGCCUUCAUUUCCCUGGGCAGCAGCAGGUGCUGUGGGAAGGCUCUGAGGGGACUCUGAGGGAUGAUGAAGGGAAAACAAUCAGGAAAACAAUCAGCUCCUCCUUUGAAGUCACAGUGCUCGUAUGGAGCAGCAGCUGGAGGCCUUUGGGAAUUUGUGUCCACAGCUCUGAAAUAAUAAAUGUGAAUUUCCUUGUACCAAA